AUGGAUCAAAUGGAGUCACUCAGACAAGAAUUCAAAGAAGGAGAACUACCUGAAGAACUUCUGGCUUACCACUGCAAAGACAAUGAAGGGCUCAACGGCGAAUGGAUCAUUACGGAGGACCAGCGAUCUGACGGCAUGACGGAUAUAGUGGAGUUCUUCGGAAUUGAUAUUCAUGAUGGAGCUGCUUGGGAGUUGCUGCUGCAUUUGAACGCGCCGCGGUUUCGGCUGCUGGAGGAAGUCGUGCCGCAUGCGCCGCUGCGGCAUAUAACUCCAGGCUGCACCGAAGGGAACUUUUUGGCUGCGGAGAUUGACGGGAUUUUGUUUGUGAAGUAUCAAAUGAGUCGAGGGACACUAUACAUGACGCGGAUUUUGCUUACUGAAGAUCCACAGGGAAAGGAAAAGGGGCCCCUUACUUUGGCGCAGUAUUGCAUCUUGAAGAAUGACGGAGACAGACACGUGCAAGAGCUGCAGCAGCAACUGCAGAAGCUGCUGCAGCAGCAACAGCAAGAGCUGCAGCAGCAACAGCAGAAGCUGCUGCAGCAGCAACAGCAGCAGCAACAGCAGCAGCAACAACAGCAGCAAAAGCAGCAGCAACAACAGCAGCAGCAGCAGCAACAGCAGCAGCAACUCGCCCGCUUGCUGCCUAGGGCAUGGUUUCCACGCGCAGAGCUCACAUCGGAAAAUGGCACUUGA